GUGCAUGAUGCAUCGCUUGCGGAUGCGCUUGCCGCCAUGCGCUGUGUGCGCUGCGGAAGCGCCCAGGCGGCGCGGCGUGGCUUCGAUGGCUUCGAUGGUGGUGGAUGGACAGCGGAGUUUGGAGCAGGUGGAAUCAGAGCUGCGGCAGAAGCUAUUGAUCUCCCAGGACCUGGAUCUGUGGGCCGCAGGCCGUCAGGGCAUCGCUAUCGCUUUACGGGCGGCCGCGUCGCCGGCGCAGGCCUUUGUGAUGCGGGGGGCCACGGCAGAAGAAGUGGAGAUGGAAGGAUUGAUGUCCAGAGGAGAAGGUGGCAGUGGCACCAGGAUAGAGAAGAACGAGACCAGAAGGUUUGCUUUUCACCUGAAAUUCCAGAAAGACAUGCCACUUUCAAUGCGUGAGCCAAAGAAAAUCUUCCAAGUUGGGCAGAGAAGCAACGCGAAGUUCCUCCCCUUGGCGAAAGCCAUUGCCACCGAGCUGCGUUGGCUCCCCAGUGGCGACUCUUUGGCGGCUGAAAAUCUGCUACUGGGCAAGGCCAAAAAUACCUGGACCCGGACCUUUGCUUUGGCCAAUGCCGUGGCGCAAGCCUAUGAAUGGCAACUGAACCCGACGCAACAGUGCGUGAGACCUUUCUACUGCGUGGCGCAGCUCAGAAAGGUUGAGGAUUUGCAGCCUCCUGAGGGCGGAUGGACGACUGUGCCGCUGGCACUGCGAUUGGUUUUACUGCCGGAAGGUGAGCCACCACCCAGGCCUGAUGGAAGCCCCGGAGAAAAAACGUGCAGCGAUUGGUGA